AUGCAAAUUACCAUCUUUGACUUCAAAGGCAGCGAACCGGACGAGAGUCGGUGUAAGAAACGAUUGGAGCUAUUCCCCGCUACAACUCUGCAGGCAUUUGGCGCCUCAAACAGCAACGCCGAUGUGGUGGGUGAAUCGGGUCGGCUGCGUCUGCUAACAAUGUCCGGCGAUCGCGUGCCUAGCGAACUAGCCCGACGGGCUUCCGAACUGUUAGCUGAGGCUGAGGACAGUGCUCACGUUGACGAUAAUGGUUCUCGUGCUGCCGUCGAUCGCACUGUACGCGCCAGGCGUCUACCCUUUCCACCGCACCUCAAUAACCCUCCACCGGCCUCCUCAGUUCUGCGUGUUGCCAACUCUCUGAGCGCUGGCGGUGACGGCGUUCGGCCGCAGCAAAAAGGUGUCCCCUGCUCCACACAAGCCCAGUCUACUCCCAUCGGUACUUUUACGCACGCAGUGCGGGAUCGGCCAUCUGACGCAAAUACCGUGACAAAUAAAAUCAGAGUCACAGACUACAACAACGGCUUCGGCGUCGGUUGUCUGUCUAGUUCUCUGACCAGGGGCGCACAUACAGUAGCGGACUCAAAGCAACAGAAGGCAAUGCAGGCGGCAGCUGCCAAUGCGACAGGACCAACCGUUCGGCAUCCUAUCAGCAACGACAGAAUCAACCCUCCGCACUCUGGUGAAAAUGCCGACCAUAACGCCCACCGAAAGUACCUAACCUCUCUCAGCGCCCGGAAUCACGCUCACUUCUCCUCGCGGGCUGAUCCUUGCACACAAGAAGCUCUCUGCAAGGCUCGCAUAUCAGCCAAUCGGACGCGUCGUUUGUUGAAUCUGGAAGCUGUAGGAGACCCCGCUGCCGGCGACUCAGAGAGUCCGUUUACCCCGUCAACUGACGAUGAGACCCUAGGCACACUGCCUGGCGGUGACGAUGACAGGUGGUUUUGCUUGGAGGCAUCCAGUGAUGAGGUGGGCAGUGCAGACAAGGAAGCUGCUGUUGUUUCCGAUCAGUUUGAGCCCGAUCCCCUCCGUUUUAUGUCUGUCUACAGACAGAAGUGCCGCUUGGCUGCUCCCGCCCUUGAUGCGACCGCACACAUGCCUUGCAAACCAAAUGCAGAAGUUCCCACCGGGGACGCAACGAUGACCCCUGAGGUCGCGAUUCCCCGACCCAUUUCUCGGACGGUGGUUGAUGCGACAGCGAACCACAACCACAGGGACUCGGAAAGCAUCACUUCGACCGCACUGGAUGGUACUACACGCACGAAAUCUUCGCAUAAUUCGUCUGCCCGUUCAACGCUUUCAACCUCAAACAGCCAGUCGGCCGGAGGAGCCAAACAUAUAUUUGUUGGCAGUCUUCCAACGGCUCCCACCGGUCCACCACGCCUAACUGCCGCCGCUCUUGGUCUCAGCCUAACUGCUAAUGUAAAUCGUCUAGACGCACUGGCGGCAUCAAUCGAGCAAUUGCAGGGGAUGGAGUCUCUGCGCCAGUUAUCACUGGCACAAGCUGAAUCAGUUAGCCUGGCCCAGUUGAUUCAGUGCGGUCAGGUCAAGGAAUCGUUCGGAAUCAACCAGCCAGCUUCUACCAAUCGGCAGCCUUCAGAGCUUAUCACAUCCAACCAAAACCACCGCACUGUAAAAGAGGAAGACCCUCGGUCUGUUGACUUACAAACACGGAAGCCAGUCGCUGUUGUUUCCUCGAGCUGUGGAAGUUCCCAGAACGAAUCUAGCGCGGCAGUUAUUUCAACCUCCAUCAGUGCUCGUAAUACCUCAAAUACGAGCAGUUCGCGUAUCGUGGAGAUCACUCACACUACAAGGCCAAGCAGUGCACAAGAUUCGACUCUUCGUACAUCCUCUGCGAAUGCUUCACUUGUCCUAGACUCAGAUGUUGGUGCCGUCUCUGAAGCUAUACAAUCGGUGGCGGAUGUUUCUAAUUAUCAGUUGGACCCCGGCAUUUCGGUCCGUACUUCACGUCAAACCUCAGUACUUCCUCAGGAAGCGGAACCUCAAAUUGUAAAGAGCCAAUUAACUCAUCAUGUCUUCCCGAAGGCCUUAGAUCGCCCCUCGCUCGCCGACAAGUCACUAAAUACGACAAAUGAUCGCCUAACUGCUAUUGAGGCCUUGGACCAGCCUGCCGGAGAGACAUCAAAGACGGCGAAGGCGGAAAAGGCUGUUGAUGCGUCAGAUUUUGGUGGCCAGAUUCUCCGCCUGGAUUCAGAAGACUAUAAGGGGCUAUAUAAACUUCGUGCGGAGGAACUCAAGAGGCGCAAACAUAAAGCCCAGCUAGUAAUGCUGCUGUCGGAACGGUUGGCACUUCAGGAGUCUGAGGUCGUACAGCUCGAGUCUAAAGCAUUGCAGGUAACCCACCAUCUCGUCUCCCAUGCAGAUAACUCAUUGUUAUUAUUGAGUAUGUAA